CUUGUUGAAGCAUCAAAGGGCAGAGUUCUCUGGUCAUGUUUUUCUUUUUAAGUAAGACCCGAUCAAUAAUUACCAAACAGGUCUUUCUGGCUGCAAGCUGCCAUUGGUGGAUCAUGGAUGGGCAAGACAGUCAUAGGACACAACGAGGGAAAAUCCAACAGAAUGUCUGAUUUAAAGGAGAUCUGCAGCGGUUUACCUCUAGAUCCGUUGCCAUCCAACCCAGGGCGAGAUCCCGGUGUUCCACACGCACCAAUCAGGACCCCCAACCUGACGGCACAAGAGGAGCGGCUGGCACUGAGGAAUGCUCUCCGCUAUUUCCCUCCCUCUGUUCAUGCAACACUAGCGCCUGAAUUUGCUAAAGAGCUGCGGCAGUAUGGACACAUCUACAUGUACCGCUUCUGCCCCACACUUCGAAUGAGGGCUUAUCCCAUAGAUCAGUAUCCAUGCGUCACACGCCAGGCAGCAGCUAUAAUGGUAAUGAUCAUGAACAACCUGGACCCCGCUGUCGCUCAGUUUCCCCAGGAGCUCGUCACCUACGGGGGAAAUGGUCAGGUGUUUAGUAACUGGGCACAGUUCCGGCUGGUGAUGCACUACCUGAGUGAGAUGAGCGAAGAGCAGACUCUGGUCAUGUACAGCGGUCAUCCUCUGGGCCUGUUCCCCAGCCUGCCUUCCUCUCCCAGAGCCAUCAUCACCAAUGGCAUGGUUAUUCCAAACUACUCCUCCAGAGAGCAGUAUGAGAAGAUGUUUGCUCUUGGGGUAACAAUGUACGGUCAAAUGACAGCCGGCAGCUAUUGCUAUAUUGGACCUCAAGGGAUUGUCCACGGCACAGUGUUGACAGUACUGAAUGCCGGACGGAGGUAUCUGGGCACCAGUGACCUGAGUGGCCGUGUCUUUGUGACCUCUGGCCUGGGCGGCAUGAGUGGAGCUCAGGCUAAAGCUGCCGUCAUUGCUGGCUGCAUUGGUGUGAUUGCAGAGGUGGAUGAGGCUCCCCUCAGGAAAAGGCACGAGCAGGGCUGGCUGAUGGAGGUCACCAGCAGCUUGGAUUUGUGCAUCAAAAGAAUCAGAGAAACUAAACGCUCCAAAACCCCCCUCAGUCUGGGGUAUCACGGCAAUAUUGUUGACUUGUGGGAGAGGCUGCAGCUGGAGUAUGAGCGGACAGGAGAACUGCUGGUGGAUCUGGGCUCGGACCAGACUUCCCUUCACAACCCAUUUAACGGUGGCUAUUACCCGGUCCAGCUCAGCUUCCGACAGGCAAACCAGCUCAUGACGACCGACCCCGACCGUUUCAAAGCCCUGGUGCAAGACAGCCUCCGAAGACACAUCGCAGCCAUCAGUAAGCUUUCUGAUGCCGGCAUGUUCUUCUGGGACUAUGGAAAUGCGUUUCUCCUGGAGGCACAGAGGGCUGGAGCUGACGUACAAAAGCCUGGUGGAGGAGCCACAGAGUUUCGAUUUCCGUCUUACGUGCAGCACAUCAUGGGGGACAUUUUCUCUUUGGGCUUUGGCCCAUUUCGCUGGGUGUGCACGUCUGGUGACCCCCAAGAUCUUGUCGUAACAGAUAAUAUUGCUGCUACUGUCCUGGAGGAAAUAGGUGUCAAUGUGACUGACGGGGUCAGGCAGCAGUACAGUGACAACAUCCGCUGGAUCAGAGAGGCUGGGAAACACAAAAUGGUCCUUAAUGUUCUGGUUACCUCUUGUCGCAAUUUCUCUCCAAUAAUGUUCAUUUUCACAACUCAUUUAGAUUUAGCCUUAAUGUUUGACUGAAUUGCUCCUGUGGUGAUCAGCAGAGACCACCAUGAUGUCAGUGGCACAGACAGUCCUUUCAGAGAGACCUCUAAUGUCUACGACGGAUCUGCCUUCUGUGCAGACAUGGCUGUGCAGAACUUUGUUGGUGAUGCAUUCAGGGGAGCCACAUGGGUGUCUCUGCACAACGGUGGUGGUGUCGGCUGGGGAGAAGUAAUGAAUGGAGGUUUCGGCUUGUUGCUGGACGGCACAGAGGAAGCGGCCCGGCGUGCCAGGCUGAUGUUGAACUGGGACGUCUCUAAUGGGGUGGCCCGUCGCUGCUGGUCUGGAAACACAAAUGCUUAUGAAACUAUUGAGAGGACCAUGGAGGACCAGAGGCAGCUGCGUGUCACCAUGCCCUUCCCUGUGCAGGAUGAGAACGUGUUGGAGCGAGCGCUGCAGGGCUGAGCAGCAGAACUCACAGGUUUACAGUCAGUGGAACCUGUUGGUUUGAUCAUUGUGGAGCCUGUGUUAUUUAAAUAUUAAAAUGAAUAUUCAUUGAGUUAGUUCACAGAUCAGUGCAUGUAUGAAUGUGUAGCAGCACGACUGGAGUUACAGAACUGAACUAAACCAUGAGCCUUUUUUUGGAAAUGUGAUACACUGACAAUAAAAUUCUAACAACCACA